AUGUCUAAAACCAGUACUGUGAUCUGGAUGCCCUACCAAGAGUGUGGAGAGAACAUACGUCAGAACUCCCAGUCCUCUUCUCAUCAGAGAAAGAGGUUCCUUCAGAGGAAUAGUCUCACUUCACACGAAAGAACACAGAGGAGGGAGAAAUUGUAUCAGUGCAGAGAAUGUGGAAAGAGCUUCAGUUUCAAGAAGAAUCUCACUUCCCAUCAAAGAAUUCAUACAGGGGAGAAACCCUAUCAGUGCUUUGAAUGUGGAAAAAGCUUCAGCCACAGCCACCAUCUCACUUCCCAUCACAUAAUUCAUACAGGGGAGAAACCCUAUCAGUGCUUGGAAUGUGGAAAGAGCUUCAGUUACAAUGGUGAUCUCACUUCCCAUCACAGAAUUCAUACAGGGGAGAAACCCUAUCAGUGCUUGGAGUGUGGAAAGAGCUUUCGUCUGAGCGCCUGUCUCACUUCCCAUCACAGAAUUCAUACAGGGGAGAAACCCUAUCAGUGCUUGGAAUGUGGAAAGAGCUUCACUCAUAGCUCCAAUCUCACUUCCCAUCACAGAAUUCAUACAGGGGAGAAACCCUAUCAGUGCUUGGAGUGUGGAAAGAGCUUUCGUCUGAGCGCCUAUCUCACUUCCCAUCACAGAAUUCAUACAGGGGAGAAACCCUAUCAGUGCUUGGAAUGUGGAAAGAGCUUUCGUCUGAGCGCCAAUCUCACUUCCCAUCACAGAAUUCAUACAGGGGAGAAACCCUAUCAGUGCUUGGAAUGUGGAAAGAGCUUCAGUCACUCUAGCCAUCUCACUUCCCAUCACAGAAUUCAUACAGGGGAGAAACCCUAUCAGUGCUUGGAAUGUGGAAAGAGCUUCAGUCAGUCUAGCCUUCUCACUUCCCAUCACAGAAUUCAUACAGGGGAGAAACCCUAUCAGUGCUUGGAAUGUGGAAAGAGCUUUCGUCUGAGCGCCGAUCUCACUUCCCAUCACAGAAUUCAUACAGGGGAGAAACCCUAUCAGUGCUUGGAAUGUGGAAAGAGCUUUCGUCUGAGCGCCGAUCUCACUUCCCAUCACAGAAUUCAUACAGGGGAGAAACCCUAUCAGUGCUUGGAAUGUGGAAAGAGCUUCAGUUGCAGCACAUCUCUCACUUCCCAUCACAGAAUUCAUACAGGGGAGAAACCCUAUCAGUGCUUGGAAUGUGGAAAGAGCUUCACUCAUAGCUCCAAUCUCACUUCCCAUCACAGAAUUCAUACAGGGGAGAAACCCUAUCAGUGCUUGGAAUGUGGAAAGAGCUUCACUCAUAGCUCCGAUCUCACUUCCCAUCACAGAAUUCAUACAGGGGAGAAACCCUAUCAGUGCUUGGAAUGUGGAAAGAGCUUUCGUCUGAGCGCCGAUCUCACUUCCCAUCACAGAAUUCAUACAGGGGAGAAACCCUAUCAGUGCUUGGAAUGUGGAAAGAGCUUCACUCAUAGCUCCAAUCUCACUUCCCAUCACAGAAUUCAUACAGGGGAGAAACCCUAUCAGUGCUUGGAAUGUGGAAAGAGCUUUAGUCGCAGCCACCAUCUGACUUCCCAUCAAAGCAUUCAUCACAAAACCCACUGA